AUGGCGGCUCCCAAGAGGCACCGCGCUCUUCCUCUUUCGCGCUGCGCUUCCGGGUCGCCCGGGUGGAGCGUUUGCCGGGUGGAGCGAGGGGCACCAUGGCGACCCCCAAGGAGGCUAAGAGUGGGGAGGGAGCCGGGGGGACGGACCCCCAAGGCCAAUAAAGCGAGCAAAGCAGUGGACGAUUCUGAACUUCUCACUGUUCCUGAUGGGUGGAAAGAGCCAGCGUUUGCAAGAGAAGAUAAUCCCAGAGGUCUCCUGGAAGAAAGCAGCUUUGCGACUCUCUUCCCAAAAUACAGAGAAGCUUAUCUGAAAGAAUGCUGGCCACUGGUGCAGAAAACUUUGACGGAACAUCACAUCAACGCAGCUUUAGACUUAAUAGAAGGAAGCAUGACUGUCAGCACAACAAAGAAGACCUUUGACCCAUAUAUAAUCAUCAGAGCCAGAGACUUAAUAAAGCUUUUAGCAAGAAGUGUUCCAUUUGAGCAGGCUGUACGUAUCCUUGAAGAUGACGUUGCAUGUGACAUCAUUAAAAUUGGGUCCUUGGUCAGAAACAGAGAAAGAUUUAUAAAAAGAAGACAAAGACUUAUUGGUCCCAAUGGAUCUACUCUCAAGGCCCUGGAACUGCUAACAAACUGCUACAUCAUGGUUCAGGGGAAUACCGUUUCAGCUCUUGGACCUUUUAAUGGCUUAAAAGAGGUUAGGAAAGUUGUUCUUGAUACAAUGAAGAAUAUUCAUCCGAUAUACAACAUCAAGACUCUGAUGAUUAAAAGGGAAUUGUCAAAAGACCCUGAAUUAAGAUUGCAGAACUGGGAAAGGUUUUUGCCUAAAUUCAAACACAAGAAUUUAAACAAACGGAAAGAACCACAGAAGAAAAAUGUCAAGAAGGAAUAUACUCCCUUCCCACCUCCACAACCAGAGAGUCAGAUUGAUAAGGAAUUGGCAAGUGGUGAAUAUUUCUUGAAAGAAAGUCAAAAGAAACGUAAGAGGGUAGAGGAGAUAAAGGCAAAACAAGCAGAAGCAAUCAGUCGGAGGCAAGAGGAGAGAAACAAAGCUUUUAUUCCACCCAAGGAAAAACCAGUUGUAAAACCCAAGAAAGAUUCGGCUGAAACAAAAAUUGAUAUCCAAGCUAUUAAAGAAAAGGUUAAAAAGGCAAAGAAGAAAAAGUUGGGAGCACUUCCAGAGGAAGAAGUAAAAUUAAAAAUUGCAGCAGAUGCAAAGAAAAAGAAAUGAUAUUUCCUUAAGGUUGUAGUGCUCCAUUUUUUCCAGGAGGAAGUUUUUAUAAACUGCAGAUUUAUAACUGACUAGAUGCAUUGUUGUAGUGCACAUCAAACUACUUGCAAAUCUUGCUUUCUCCGUGGCCUGGGAACCCCUCCCCCCCGUGAUUUCAAGGUUUGCAGAAAGUAAAAUUGGCAGCUUGUUCUUUGCAUUGCAAGUUUUUGGUAUGAAGGUUUUUAGCAUAUACAAUAUUACCAGAGAUAUUAUUUUGUACAGUA